CCAUUUCCACCUUCUUUUCCUCCACUCCACUCUACCUUUCCUCUAACCUCCAACCACCAACACAACCAAAAAUGACAGACACAGACCCAACAUUCUACCAACGCUUCUACCACGCAGCCCGCAUCGCCGGACCCCCCCCAGAUCUAGACCCGGAAAAGGCGGGGAGGACCAAUACCCGUACCACCACAUCGUAAUAAACCCCCCCCCCCGCCAACCCUUCUUCUCAAAAAAAACAUAUCGAACCGAACGAAACUGACUCGCGGUUAGGAAGGAGGAUCAGGAUGAGAAGGAUACAUGGCUAGCCCGCGAGAAACGGAAAAGUAGAAGAUCCUACCUACUCUGCGUCGCCGUCCUCUCCAUAAUCCUCGUCGUGGGCAUCGGGGUCGCGGCGUUGGUCGUCUCUCUCGGGCAUUGGGGCAAGUGAUGUUAUCGGCCGGUCGAUUUGGAAAAAACAAUACAUUUGGAUGAAAUCUUUUUUUUAUUUUUAUAUAUAUAUCAUACCUCUCUGCUCUGCUCUAGAAGCAUGAUCGGUCGAUUGGUUAUCCGUCACUGGAAUGACGGAACGGAGUUGCGAAAUCGUUGGAUUUUUUUUUCCUUUUUUUCCCCCGGUUUUUUUUAUUUUAUUUUACCAUACCGGUAUUCACUCACUGGAUGGAGUGAACGUUCGUUUAUUAUAGAAAGAAAGAAAGAAAG